AUGCCGUUCUGGGAUCCAUGCUCGCCGGAGGUACUCCACGCCCUGAAAGGUCUCAUCAAGAAUGAGGAUGAGAUUCCGGAGGCUAGGGAUGACCCUCAUUUCGUGGAGCGUACGAUCAAGACGCUGUGCAAGCGGAUGCGAAAGGGCGCCACGUCGACGAGCGAGGAGUUGAUGCGCGUGAUUCAGACCGAGGAUCGCAAUUCGGAUUGUAUUCUUGUGCCAACUGUUCUCGACGGCCGCCCAGCUUCCAGCAAAGGCACCCAGCCACACUUUCUGUGCUGCAAGCUGUGGAGAUUCUCCUUCCUGCGGUCCCGCAGCGAGCUGAAAUCCCAGCCACAGUGCCGAUACCCUUACGAGCGGAAGAUGGCCAGCCUGUGCAUCAACCCAUUUCACUACGAGCUCGUUUAUCAGAGGAUGGCAAGGAAUGUUCCGUCGAUCACCGUGCCGAACGUUGACUAUGGACGGAUUAAGCAUGUGCGGAAGGAGCAGGACGAGCGGAUGCCAAUCGUAACGGUGACUGGAGAUGAACUCCGCGCGGGUUUCGUCGUGGAUUACCCAACAGGAGAUGGCGGCUCACAAGCGACAUCCCCGGCCUCAUCUACCACCAGUGAGGAUAUGCCUCGAUUGCCGCCACUGUGCAUCGAGGGCGAGAUGCCACCAAGUCGAUACCCGUUGAAUAGCCCGCUGGCCGAGUUGUCGCUCACCGAUCUUGAUGAAGUGAUGGAUAUGGGACAGGCUAGCUCGUCUAUCGUGGAAUUCGAUGAGAUGCCGGUGUGGGGGACGCUCAUCUACCACGAGGAGGCCAAGGAGGUCGGGCCUCGAUUCCUCGCCAGACGGCCUUUUUUGCUGAUCGAUGGAUAUGCUGCGCCGCAUACGGAAGAUCGGUGGAGCCUCGGCUACCUUUCCGACGCCACGAGACCGGCCAACAUUGAGGAGACGCGCAAGCUGAUCGGACCCGGAGCACGACUCUAUUAUAUUGGAGGAGAGCUUUUCCUGGAAUGCCUCUCCUCACAGCCCCUAUUCGUCCACAGCGCCAACUGUAAUCAGCGCCACGGGUGGCCGCCAAAUACCGUGGUGCGCGUGCCACCUCACUGUAACUUGAAGGUGUUCAACCACGCCGAAUUCGCGCAUUUGGUGAAUGAGACUGUUUCAAAGGGACAUGAAGCCGUUUACGCGCUCCUGAGCCUGGCCAACGUCCGCUUCUCGUUCGUCAAGGGGUGGGGCGGAAAUCGGUACCAACGGCAGGACAUUUCGAAGACGCAUUGCUGGAUUGAGUGCCAUCUGAACAGCGCGCUCGAGUGGGUGAAUCGUGUGAUGAAGACGAUGAACGCCCCCCGACUCGCCCAUACCUCUUACACC